ACUCAUAGGGAGCAGAAAGAGACAGAGACAGAGAGGGAGAAGGAGGGAGUCUUCCCAGUCACUCUGAAUCUCUCUCAGCCUACACAAUCUCCCGGCACAACCCAGGGCUCAGUAAUGUUGGAGGCACUGUGAGAAUAAGCUCUGUCUUUCACACACGCUCUGCUAUCACCUGCUUGAGGACACACAGCACACACCCGGCCAUCAUGGAGGAGGCUGACCUGCUGAAAGAGCGGCUCCAGGCGAUCACUGACAAAAGGAGAAUCCAAGAGGACAUCGCCAAGAAAAAGAGACAGAUUGAAGAGAAGAAAUUAAAACUUCAGUACUUAAAGAAAAAAGCCCGGAGAGAUCAAUGGCUGAUGGAUGGUCUGAAUCAGCCGUCAGAGAAGGAACAGGAAACCAUGAGGCUUCAGGUGCAGGAUGAACAGCAGGAGAGUGAUCAGCUGCAGAGCAACAUCCUCAGAAUAGAGAAGGAGAUUGAGGCCUUGGAAGUACAGGAGCUCGACAUCUCUGCCAAUGAAGAAGUCGUUCUGAAGCGUUUGAAAGCAGUGGAGAGGACAGCUGAAGACAUUAUUAAGAAAGCUGCCUUGGUUGAUGGAGAGGCUGAUGGGAAAGAAGUGAACAAAGGCUGCAGCAAAACUGAGAACUCCAUUUCUGUCACCAUGGAAACCAGCAAGCAAUCAGAGCUGCUGAUGGACUGCGAAGUGGAGGUCACCUUGGCUGAUUCACCUGAGAAGAGGAAGGAGCAAGAUUGUUUAGAGACAGAAUCAUCAGAUUUCCCAGAGGAAAAGGCGAUGCUUGGCACAUUAUUAACUGACUUGCCAACCGGAACGCUUGAGAUUGAUAAGCCUGACUGCUCUGAGACCAGUGACUGCACUGAAAUUCUUUGUCAAAAUCAAAAGGAAGUGUUGAUAUUAGAGCCACGAUAUGAAGAGCUCAACAGGAAUGAGUCAAUCACCUCAUCUGUGUCUGACACACUCUCUAGUCCUGAUAGUGUUUAUGAGAACGAGGCCCAUCUUAAGAGGCAAGACACACCAGGACAAGAUCCUGAGCAAGAAUAUAUCCCUGACCUUGAGCAGGAACCUGAACCAGAUCAAAACUAUCAACAAGAACAAGACCGUGAACCACAGCAAUACCCUGAGCAGGAACAGGUCCCUGAAACAGAGCAAUACCCUGAGCCAGAACAGGACCUUGAACAAGAGCAAUACCCUGACCAAGAACAAGUGUCUGAACCAGAACUAAAUCCUGACGUAGAACCAGAGCAAUACUUUGAGCAUGAAGACAACCUUGAACAUGAGCAAUACCUUGAGGUAGAGCAAGAUAUUGAUAUAGAGUUCUACCCUGAUCCAGAGCCUGAGGCAGAGGAUACUGAGUUUAAUUCUGAAGAUGAUGGUUAUAAAAAUCUGGCAAGAGACACAGAGGAAGACCCUGAGGCCUGUGAAAACCUUUUUGAGCCACCCAUUACAGAGAAGUCAACAUUAGAAGAGUGCAUUAGAGAAGAGAUAAGGUCAAAUGCGUCCAAUGAAUCCUGCCAUGACCUUGACCCUGAUGAAAUGGAUGAAUGUCUGAGAGUUGAAAUUGCAGCAGCAUCCUCAGAUAGUGAGACUGACGAAAAAUGGAGAACAAUAUUCUCCUCUUCAAUAAAUAAAGAAGAUGAUGACUCCUAUUUAGAUAGUCUUCAGCUAAGUGCACAAGAGCUUUUUGUGCAGAAGGUUGAGGUUACAGACCUUGAAGUGCAAGACAAUGAUUAUGAAGAGGUUUGUUUUGAAGUUCCACAAGUGGAAGAAGUUCUGGAACAACCUGAGGAAAUAAUUUACUUUCCCACUCCUCCACAAGAGGUUAAAUAUAACCCCUUAGGUCAUCAGAGUUUGACCAAAAUCUCUGAGGAUGACAGUGAAAAUGGUAGAGAUGCCAGUCAUAAUCACGCUAACCAAAACCAGCAGAUCAGUACAGAUCCAAACAAGAAGCUGCCUAAAGACUUUUGUGUCAUCCAGGAGACAAAGAGCGAGAAUGUUAGUACAGAGCAUGUCGACUUUCAGCUGGCUCGUAAACAGUGGCGGGAAAUGGAGGAGCAAACCAAGAACAAGAUUGUCUUACCUGCGACCAAGCCCAGCUUCCAUGGCAGCCACAGCUUCAUGUAUACUCCAGUUCGCAACAUUGAAAGAACUCAUAAGAAAACACAUGAUAUGGAGAACAUAAAUCUGGUUGGGGAUUAUUCACACACCCAGUUUAGCCCUUGCUCAGAGGAUUCUGGCCUGGAUGAUUCCAGUUACAGGUCUCCAUGUGAUGACCCAGAAACACCGAUUGAAAGAGAGAUUCGUAUAUCAAUGGAGAGGGAGGAAAACUUCAGGAGAGAGAGAGGCCUCUCCAGGAUGGGUAAAUCAACUGAUUGUGCUCCAUCACGGAGUAUUCCCAGAUCCAGAAGCACUCCACUCACACCAUCAUUCAUUAUCACCUCCUCACCCACUAAGGAACCACCGGAACGUGAAGUCUCAGCAAACAGCGUUAUCAUACUUGACCCUAACAACGAUUUUACCUCCAGCCCCAGACAUGGCAAAGACCAUGUGGGAGCUCGGUCCACUGAGUGGCGUUCUGAGGACAGCAGCUCCAACCUCAUCAUCCUAGAGACAUCCAAUCUGAUUAUUCGCAGUGCCUCAGAUUUUUCCCUCAACAAAGCCUGUGAGCAGCCCCAGGAAAAAAUGUUCCUAAACAACCCCUUUUUCAAGCUGCGUUCAAGGAGCACAAUAUCACUGGUGGAUGAAGAGAUUAAGAUGGUCAAGCAGAGGGAGGAGGAGCUGAAGAAAGAGAGGGCAAACCUGUAUGGGCAAGAGGGCUUCAAUACAGAAAGGGUGUCAAAUCACAUGGACACUUUGACAUUUGACAAUUCAGUUGAUGUACCAGUGAAGUGCAAGUCUUCUCCAUCUUCACCAAUGAAAACAGCCUACAGGAUGGAUCGCACUGUCUUGUCCUGUGAUCACAGAUUUCCAGAGGCCACAGGAGGAAGACACAUGAGUGCCAUGGCUCUGCGCUGGGAGGUGGGCAACUUUACAAAAAAAUGAAUGAAGAGGAAUAAAUUAACCCUAAACCUAAUCCUAAUCCCAAAUCAUUCAAGUUAGAAACAGUGUUGCAAUUGUUUGCUUCAUGUUGUGACAUAACCGAAACUCUCUGCUUCUGUGACGCUUUGGGCAAAAAUAGCAAGACACUGACAAUGUUUGUGGUCAUAUUAGUUGCACAGGAAAGAAAAGAAGCUGAUAGAAAAAGUAUUACAGUAUGGACAUGAACAACCCUUAGUUCUAUCCAGAAGAUAUACAUUAUUUUCGCAUGCUACCCACCCAGCUCUGAAUUAUAUUUAUAUAGCUGGGAAACUGCUGUUUUUACUACUCUACAACUUGAACCAAUUAUUGAAGUAGUAAAGUAAUGUUUAUGACAAGACCUGCAAAGACGGUGUCAAGACAGGUUUUCCAUUUAAAUUAAAUUGCAAAGAUUAUUAUGGAAACAAUGUAUAAUUAUCUAUUGAAAAAAUUAUGAAUACAUUAAUACUAAAUACUAAUAUUUUGAACUGUGACAAGUGGCCAGAGUAUAAAUGGAAUAAUUCUUUUUUGGUAAGUGCAGAUAUCAAAGGCAAUGCAUUCUACAGAGAAAAGCCCAAGUUAUCAUGCAUAAUAAUUAAUGAUUGAAUGUUUACUUGUGGAUUAUCCCUUAACUGUUGAAGAACUAUUUAAAAGAUCCAAUCCAAAAGUGCCAAAGCUCAAAAAAAUACUGCCAUUAGAAGAAAAUGAUCCCUGACUGGGCAUUCAUUAUAAUCUUAAUACAGAACUCACAUGUCAUAUGUACACUACAAGAGUUAUUGGUCAGUGUAAUUAGAAAGUGCAUCUGAGGUUCAGUAAUGUGAGUCACACAGGUGGCCACUGAGUGUAGGUUUACUGCUAAUAUAACACUGCGUGUAGUGGUGUGCCUCCUUUGGACAGUGUUUUCUUUAAUGUAGCCAUUUAAGGUUUGAGGUAGAGCUCUUUAGAUGCAGUGCUAAAUGCUACAGUAUGCUGUGUUCAUGCAGCUAGUGUCUAAGUGUGACUGCCUGUUCUUUGGUGCCUGGUAGGUAUUAUAUAGCAGUUUACUAGGAUCUGACUACCCAAUUCUGCUGGAAACUAGGAUACUGAGAGCACUGAGAUUGAACCAAAACAGUAACAUAUUGAGCCAGAAAACCAAAGUUUUGACCCAAAAGUUGCUAAAAUAAUAUGUACAGCUGAGGGAAACUGCAAAGUUGGUGAUUCUCUGUGGGUUUAUCACUAAGAGCAAAGCCUUUCAUAAUAUUUACAGUUCAUAUGUAAAAAUGAAAAAAUAUGUUGUGCAAAAUAAUAAUAAGUGCAGCUUUUAGGCCACAAAUAAGGGAACAAACACCAACAACAAAUGUGCCUGUAACUGAGCUUUGAACCCCAGUUUUACACACUAGUCGCUCUAACAAGUAUGGAGAAAAAAGUUUCAAUACAGUUUCUAUACAUACAUACACAUCACAUGUGACUGCUGUAUUAAGAUGACUUGGAAAAAUGUGAACCUAUUCUAUACUUUAUUUAAAUGAUUUGCUGGCAGUAAAUUGUAAGCAUAUGCUAGACAGGUGUUUUGCUAAGAUGCCUAAAUGUAUUGCUGAGUCCACACUUUGCUAAACUUUUUCUUGACAUUAUAAAUGUAAAUCAGAUUUUAAAAAAAUAUUUUGAUGUUAUUGUAUGUCUUGAUAAAGCAAAUGCUACAUUGCUAUACAUGUAUUAAUUGUAUUUUUGUAAUAUGUUUUUUUGCUGCAAAUAAUAUUUCAGGGUGAGCUGGAUUGGCAUAGGUCAGCUUCUGUAUACAAAAUAUAUUAUUCCCAUACCUUUCACAGAAUAAAUUCAUUUCAUUCAAGAAAUUCUCACACAGUUUUAGUGAGAAUAGAUCAACUCUCAGGACACACAACCAUUUGAGUUGUCUGCCUGAAUUAGCACUGAACUCCAUAUUAUUUAGUGUGCCCUACAGUAGGACAAUCAAAUAAGUACCGAUGAUUGUGCUGUCACAGUACUCAGAACUAAAUGAGUCACUGUGGACUUCUGUUGUCUGAAAUCUUACAUCAGCAUUUUGGAAAUUCGCCAUAAUAGAACAGGUUUCCACAAAUUGAAAUAUUAUAUUCUUUACACACUAGCAUUAUAAAUGAAUGUUAACAUAAUGUGAAGCUACAACAUAUACAUACAACACAUAUACUUCUUGUAUAGGUUCAAUCAAAUUAUGACUUUGUUGUCUAACGUUCAGUAUUUCUUUCAAUUUUUAUAUAGCCAGGUAUUUCUAGGACAGUAUGCAUUUUAAAGCACUUUUUGGUGAUUUCCUUUAUUCUGAAUUACAUAACCACAAUCGAGACAUUUUCCAAAAAGAUUAUCUGAAAUAUCAACACUGGUAUCUGCUGAUUCUAGUAAAGAAAUGUUUAUUUACAAAUCCAUCUUAUAAAAAAGUAGCUUAUAAGAGCUUGGUACUCUCUUGACCUUCAACAGCAUUGUUUUACAUUUCAUGUUUGUAUGCUUCAUUGUUAAAGUAUAGCUUACAAAUCUCAAGGAUUGCUUGCUGAUGUUUGAACAUUCUAUAAAAGCCCCUUACUGGGGUUCUAUGGAGGGGCUUUCAAUUUGUAUUCUUCAUGCAAAUAUUGAAGAGAUUAGUGCAACAAUAAAAUAUGUAUGUGAAU